UGAACAGGGGUGGCAGCACCAUGGGGAGUGUGGCCGCUGCUGCAAGAUAUUUCAGGAAAAUGAGAAACUUUGCAAGACCCUCCAUUCGGCUUUUCCAGGGGACAGACACCACGGGAAACGUAUCGUUUGUUUAUACACCAGGCCGCUGUGCCAGUGAAAGAGCUCAAUGUGAUAAACUGACUGUCAGAACUCAGAAGGAUGGGAUCAGGUCCAUCGUUCUGAAUAACCCACAUAAGAGGAAUGCUCUGUCGCUGGCCAUGUUGGAAUCUCUGCGCAGAGACCUCCUCCACGAAGCAGAAAGCAAUGACCUCCGCGUUAUUGUGAUUUCAGCUGAGGGACCUGUAUUUUCAUCUGGCCACAACCUCAAGGAACUAACGUCUGCUGAAGGAUGGGAUCAUCAUGCUGAGGUUUUUGCAGUCUGCACUGAAGUGAUGAAUUUGAUUCAGGAUAUCCCAGUGCCAGUCAUUGCGAAAGUUAAUGGUUUAGCCACCGCUGCUGGUUGUCAGCUCGUUGCUAGUUGCGACAUUGCUGUGGUAUCAGAGAAGUCAAAGUUUGCCACUCCAGGAGUCAACGUCGGGCUCUUCUGUUCCACGCCAGCUGUUGCAGUGGGCCGAUCUCUUCCUCGGAAGGUUGCUUUAGAAAUGCUGUUUACCGGAGAGCCUAUUUCUGCCCAGGAUGCACUGCUGCAUGGACUGGUUAGCCAAGUGGUGCCUGAGGACAAACUGGACGAGGUGACUGUGAAAAUUGCAAACAAAAUCUGCGAAGCAAGCAGGCCUGUUAUUGCGCUGGGAAAAGCCACGUUUUACAAGCAAAUGGCCCAGAACCGAAACGAAGCGUAUCGAAUCGCUGCACACGUCAUGGUGGAUAACCUGGCACUGAGAGAUGGUCAGGAAGGAAUUCAGUCCUUCAUCCAGAAGAGGAAACCUGUGUGGACACAUUCCACGGAAAAGGCACACGAAUAACAACCUCUGUUGCCUGGGUGUGGUGUGCAGUGUUUCCAAAUAAAGAAGCACUAUUCUGAAGCCUAAUUGCUAUUACAUUUUCCAAUGUGAGAUGCGAUUCCUUUCAGGGGAGUUCAUUUCUAACUGGAAUGAGUUGUAAAUAUAAAAUGGACGUUAUUAUAAAUAAAUAAAGGAGAUGGUAACUGAGUAAAAAAGUAGCAUUUGUACCGCACAAGUGCCAGGCAUUGACCCCCAUUUGCAAUAAGAGACAAUUUAACCAUUGCCCCUUCUUAUUCAAUGGUGUUACCGUCAGUGAAU